AUGCGCUGAUUCCCCGCAGACCCGCCCGCAGCUGAAUGAGCGCGUGAGUGCGUGUGAGCGCUAUUCAGCUCUCAGGGCCGAACAGUGUGGUGUCAGCGCAUCCGGACACAGGACAGCCAUGGCCCUGCUCGAUCUCGCUCUGCAAGGCUUCUCCAUCUUCGGAUUUGUGUUGUUUAUCGUCCUCUGGCUCAUGCACAUCGUCUCCAUCAUCUACGUCCGACUGCAUCUCAACAAGAAGACCACAGACAAGCAGCCGUACUGUAAACUGGCCGGGGUCUCGCUGCUGAAGCCCCUCAAAGGUGUGGAUCCCAACCUAAUAAACAACCUAGAGACGUUCUUCGAGCUGGAUUAUCCGAAGUAUGAAAUUUUACUCUGCGUCCAAGACCAUGAUGAUCCAGCCAUCGAUGUAUGCAAAAAAUUGCUGGGCAAAUAUCCGAACGUCGAUGCAAGGCUAUUUAUAGGAGGAAAGAAGGUGGGAAUCAACCCCAAAAUAAAUAACCUCAUGCCGGCUUAUGAAGGAGCAAAGUAUGAACUUGUCUGGAUAUGUGACAGUGGCAUUCGGGUAAAGCCAGACACACUGACUGAUAUGGCCAGUCACAUGACCGAGAAGGUUGGAUUGGUUCAUGGACUUCCUUACGUAGCAGACAGACAAGGAUUCGCCGCUACGUUGGAGCAGGUGUAUUUUGGGACAUCGCAUCCACGUUCCUACAUCUCAGCCAAUGUGGCGGGAAUCAAAUGCGUCACGGGAAUGUCGUGUCUCAUGAGGAAGGACGUCCUGGAUCAGGCCGGCGGUCUGUUCGCCUUCGCACAGUACAUCGCUGAAGAUUAUUUCAUGGCCAAGGCCAUCGCAGACAGAGGAUGGAAAUUUUCCAUGGCAACACAGGUAGCCAUGCAGAAUUCGGGCUCGUACUCCAUUGCGCAAUUCCAGUCGCGCAUGAUCAGAUGGGCCAAGCUGAGAAUCAACAUGUUGCCAGGCACCAUCGUCGAGCCCAUCUCAGAGUGCUUUGUGGCAAGCCUCAUCAUUGGCUGGGCUGCCCAUCACGUUUUCCGAUGGGACAUUAUGGUCUUUUUCCUGUGCCAUUGCCUGGCCUGGUUCAUUUCAGAUUACAUUCAGCUCAGAGGAGUACAGGGCGGUCCUCCAUCUUUCUCCAAGCUGGACUACGCAGUAGCCUGGUUCAUCAGGGAGUCCAUGACGAUUCAGAUCUUUCUGUCCGCUCUUUGGGACCCCACGAUCAGCUGGAGGGCAGGCCGCUACCGCUUGCGCUGCGGAGGUACGGCGGAGGAAAUCUUGGAUGUUUAACCAGGACCGGGUGCCAAGGACUAAUGCGCCGGUUCUGACAAGAAAAAACACAGGACUGUGAAGACGUGAGCGCAGAUGGACAAUUGAGAACUGAAAACUGAGUUUUAUUCCAACUUCUGAUAGUUUUUAACCUGUGACUUUAGCAAGAGCUUGAAUAGAUUAUUUAUGUUCUGGGUGCUUAAGUUUUUCUUGCGAGGUCUCUGACGGUUUGAGGCCUCGUUCUAGAUGAGCCAAAAGUUGUGAAGGGGUGCGGAAGAACUAACAAUGGAAAUGGUACUCUGUGAUGUGGCCGCACUUUACCGCACUUCAACGGACAUCGCAAUUUUAACGAAAACGCAUCUUUUUUGUUUUGUUUGUUUUGUUUUUAAAUGUCCUGGUAACAUGUAGAACCGUUUUAUCGUAUCAACGCUACAGCUUUUAACCAUAACAUUAGCACAAAAGUGACGUCAGAUGAAAAUCGAACGACUGAAGCGUUUAAAAGCGGCAUUAGUGCAUGAAUGAAUCACUUGCUUAAUCACAGUGUUUACUCACAUGUAAAGCACUCUUGCCAUAUUUUAUAAUUGCGUGGACUUCUGAAUGCUCAAAUCGGAUCCGUUCGGGUCCAUUUUAUGUUUACUUACAGAGCAAUACCUUCUAUAUAGGACGAAGUUGUCCGUGAGGGGGAACAGUGACAGCGGAUCGUGUACAGGCAUCAUUGAUCUAUCCUCAGACGUCACUAGGCUUGUAAAUGCUCAAGGAAAAGUAGAACAGUAUUCAAACACGAGGUAUAAAGAAUAAGUUUGAGCUUAAGUUACCAUAUUUUCCGAUUUAAUCGACAACUUAGUGCCAUUUGAGAUGUUAAUAUUUUCUCUAGAUCUUUACCUUACUUGCUCUUUCGUGUAAACGCGCUCGUCGCUCUCGUUCCAGGACCAGGGUUUGCUUAACACAUAUCAGGGCAUUUUUCCCCGCAACGCUUUCGCUCUGUCAGUAUUUCCUGUGAAUAUUUUUACCAGAUUUAGGUGCACAGAUUUGCAUAAUCACUUAAAUUGUCCAAACAUUUCAUUUAGCCUGUUUAACCCAUAACGCAAACGCUUGAACAUGUUUUUUUUUAGUUAAAAAUUCGGCAUUAGUCGACUGACAUGAUGACUGAAAUGGCAGAUAUAUGGUGACAUGGUUUACAAUCUGAUUCAUUUCAAUCAAUCUGGUAUAGUGCGAUAUUUGAUCAUUUCCUUGUUCCUUAAAGUUUACGUGAACUCAUUUAGCGUCGCAGAUAGUCGAGCUACAUUCACAAAACACUCUUCAUUCUCCUCUUCACCUUUGUUUACCCCUCAAAGUCAUUAUUUUAAGAACUGCUUGUUUGGUUCCAAGAAGCUUGCUUGCGCUAUUGUGGACAAACCACUUUUUCUUCAUUCCUUUAACUCUCGCUACAGGUUUCGGAUUCAUGGCUUUUAUCGCUAAGGACCAGUGCCAACACUGGCAGUAUUGUUACAAAGAUCAUCCACUCCUUAACUCUCGUCGUGAUUCACAAACCACGGUGUAUGACUAUGAACAUGUGGCAUGAGCAAUGUGUUUGUCCAUUGAUUCCAUCAUAGCUGCCAUUUUAAGAAGUCUUUUUCUCCCAAAUGCCAGAAUGUUUUUAUAAAAACUUUUUUUUUAUUCAAAUGAAUUUGUUUUUGUGAAAACUUUGGGCUUCACCAUUCGAAAAUGAACUUACGUUUUGUGCACAAGGCCGGGAAAUAUGUACCAUUCGACUAACAGUUUGGGGGGGAUAGAUAAUUUAGCAAUAAAAGCGAGUAAUACUACAUUAAGGCUGUGAAUCAAAAGCUGUUAGCUUCCAAACUCAUUUCUUUCUUUUUUUUUUAGGUUCAGUACAAUAAACAUUUCAGAUUUUGUUUAUCGUUAAUAGCGGGCCUUGUUCGUAAAACACGAACUGGAGAAAUAUUCGCUAAAUUGUCCGUAAGAAAUGUUUAGUACAUUUUUGCAUCAAAUUAAAUUAAUUCGUAAAAGCAUUAAUUGCGCAAGUUUAUGCUUUGACUAACUGGAGAAAUAUUCGCUAAAUUGUCCGUAAGAAAUGUUUAGUACAUUUUUGCAUCAAAUUAAAUUAAUUCGUAAAAGCGUUAAUUGCGCAAGUUUAUGCUUUGACUACGGCAUUAACGUAGUGUAUAUGACAUUCAUUGCAGCGAUUUAACCAAGAAAUUAUUUUUACGAAGAAAUUAACGUUUUUAAUUAAUGUUUUUAUGAAUGAGGCCCAAAGUUUUGUUGCUUGCCAUCACUAAAUGUACUAUUUUACUGCAUUUACACAAGACUACCUACCUAGUUUUGUUUUUCUAUUGUUUAUCAGUACCAACUAACACUUUAUAGACCACAAUAGAAAAAAAACAAUUUGGUUAGAGAAGAGGAAGCCCGGACUUUUCGACAGUUCCUCUGCAUAUCUGCUGGUUCUUAUUUUUUGUUUGUACAAAGGUGUCAAUAAGAAACUUGUAAAUUGACCUCAUUUAUGAAAAGUCUACAAUGCACUGUAAAUUUCCUAUUUAGACUUUUCUCCUCUGCGGACCAUGCUGACUUCUGCUUAUGACCUUUAUUGAUAUUACGGUUCUCCAGGGAUUGUAUUAUCAAAACUGUGGGGAGUUAGACUUUUUUUCUAUAUGUGUACAGCUGUAUCUUUGUCGAACCUGUUUUAUAGAUGGCUGGUGACCCACGUGGUGUGGUGUGUGAAGUAAGAAAACGUUCGCCAAUUCUGGCCAUGAGCAUAUUUUCGAACACUGGACGCUUAAAUCCACCCGUGACGCACGACAGUGCUGUCUAUAGGCGGGGCGGCUCGUCGAGACUUUGAGCCAAAAUAAGUUUUAAGUGUCAUAUGCUGUGUGUAAAAGAUUUCGCUCAUUUAUCAUGGCCAUACUGCUAGACGUUUCCCAUACAGUCACCAGUCACAGAUGACGAAAAAAAGUCUGGUUGUGAUCCACUGCUUAUAUUUUAUGUGCUGUAAGUUGAAAAAAAAUUUUUUUUAAAGAAAAUGUACAGUUUAUUUAUGAAGUUUGGUUGGAAACCAUUAUUACAUACGCUGCGUUGUGUAGCUUAAUUUAUCAAGUGGUUGUUUUUAUCAACGAUUUUAGUUUCUAUUUCGGCAGUAGGAAGGAUGAAAAGACGUCAGUUUUGGGAUAUUUGUGUUUAUUUUGUAGAUGUUGUGUAUGUACAAUGUUGAUGAAGAAUGCGUAACCACAGCUGGGAACUGUGUUACUACAGAUAAAUUAAAGCUUUAUCAAGCAAUUGAAAA